UAGUCAAUAAAUCUAAGUAUCAUUUUAGCUUUACAGAUAGACUAGAAUCAGAAUCUUUGUAGCGCUCUUCAUCUAGAUCUAAAUUAGUAGUCUCAGUUUUGGGUCUCUUUCGUAUGAUGAAUGAAUCGGAAAUUACAAAAAGCUAAAUAAAAAUUGUAAACUAUUUGAAUGGUGAUUCAGCCACAGUCAACUUUAUACAAUAACAGCCAUCUAUCCAAUAAUAAAUGGGACUAGAUGUAGCUGACAUAGAAGCUUGCAAGGUCGACCUCAAGAUUAUCCCCAGAGUUGUAGCAUGGUAGGGACAAGACGCCAGAACUGAUCGUAUUGAAAGUUAAAAAGAGGAUGGAUAGAGACGUGAAUCCAUUGAGAGAUCCCGAUAAUUUUAGCUGGAAUCAGCAGGAGUCUAAUGAUGAGGAGGAGGCUAAAUGUGACGUCGAAAUGGGUGAAGAAGGCAUCAAUUUAGGUAUCAAUUUACCUGAAGGUAUCAAUUUUCCUGAAGGUAUCAAUUUACCUGAAGGUAUCAAUUUACCUGAAGGUAUCAAUUUACCUGAAAGAGACAUCCAACGAGCUCAGCAAGACAGAGAACGUUACUUGCGUAAUAGGGAGCGGUUUAGACUGCCUUUAGAGAGUGAUCAUUACAGAGAGAGGUCCAGUGAGAGGUCCGGAGAGAGGUCCAGAGAGAGGUCUGAACGCGAUAGAGAACGUCUUCACCUAGACAGAGUUGGCACUGGGCAUAUCAGAGAACCGACAGAGCGGAUUUACGACGUAAUUGAGAGUGCUGUAAUGCGUUCUUCUGAUGUAGUUGAACAGGCAUUAGGGCGUUCUUCUGAUGUUGUUGAACAGGCAUUAGGGCGUUCUUCUGAUGUUGUUGAACAAGCAUUAGGGCGUUCUUCUGAUGUAGUUGAACAGGCAUUAGGGCGUUCUUCUGAUGUUGUUGAACAGGCAUUAGGGCGUUCUUCUGAUGUUGUUGAACAGGCAUUAGGGCGUUCUUCUGAUGUAGUUGAACAGACAUUAGGGCGUUCUUCUGAUGUUGUUGAACAGGCAUUAGGGCGUUCUUCUGAUGUAGUUGAACAGGCAUUAGGGCGUUCUUCUGAUGUAGUUGAACAGGGAGUAGUUGUCAGAGAACGAUCUCAAAGCGACAGAUCCCAAGCCGAAAGUGUCAGAGCAAGAGCUGAACUUUUCAGUGAAAUAGCCGGACUUGGCAGAGAAAUGGCCGAACGUGUCAGGGAAAUAUCCGAACGUGUCAGAGAAAUGGCCGAACAUGUCAGGGAAAUAGCCGAACGUGGCAGAGAAAUGGCCGAACGUAGCAGACAAAUGGCCGAACGUGGCAGAGAAAGAGCUGAACGUCGCAGAGAAAGAGCAGCUGAACGUCGCAGAGAGAGGGCUCAACGUCUCCAGGUACUAGAGCCUGAUAUUGAAGAAGCAGUGUUAGUAAUAAGAGACGAAGUGGGCUCUUCUACGCAAAGAUUAUCUUCAAGGUCCACAAUACCAGGACCUCUAGGUUUGACAAAGUCAGAACUUGAUGUCCUCCCGACGGCAGUGCACAAUAGGGACAGACCCUCCGACGGAGAAGCGGCCUCUUCAGAUGUUCGAUGCACAAUCUGUCUGAAGGAUUUCGAGACUGGUGACCAGAAGCGUAUAUUGCCAUGUAUUCACAAUUUCCACACAGAAUGUGCAGACAAAUGGCUCAGGAGGAACGCCACGUGUCCUGUUUGCCGACAUCUAGUCAAGUAGUAAACACCUGGCCAGUACUUGCACUUCUAAUGUUACUAUGAAAGCUCUUGGAACUUUAAAUAGGCUCUAUUAACAGUAUGCUUGUAUUAUUUAACACCAUCCAUCGACCAUUAAGUCAUUAAUAUUAAACGGCCAUGAAUUAAU